ACGAAGAAGAAGAAGAAGAAGAAGGGGACGAGGAUGAUAUGGAUGAGGAUGAAGAGGAAAUCGAUGAAGAUGCAGAAUUGGAAGCAGAGCUAGAAAGAGAACAAAAUGAAAGCGACGACGAAGAAGAAGAAAAGGAAUUUAAGAUCCCACCUCCAUAUCGCCAACGCUAUUCAAAGGAAAAGCUACCAGAUAUUGAAGCUAAUUAUGACAGUGAUACGUCCACCGAAGAGACAGAAAAUACAAUUGGUAAUGUUCCUCUUGAGUGGUACAAGGAUCUACCACACAUUGGUUAUGACAUUGACGGCAAAAAGGUCUUGAAGCCUGCGACUGCUGAUGAACUCGAUAAAUUCUUGGCUACAGUUGAAGACCCUGAAUCAUGGAAGACUGUAAAGAGCGAUAAAGAAGGCAAAGAUAUUGUGCUUAACGACGUGGAACUGGAUAUUAUCCAGCGUCUUCAAAGAGGUAUUAUUCCCGAUUCCACCUACAACCCAUAUGAGCCUACUGUAGAAUGGUUCACAUCAAAGACAGAAGUGAUGCCACUAUCAGCACGCCCUGAACCAAAGAGUCGAUUUAUUCCAUCUAAAUGGGAAGCAAAGAAGAUCAUGAAGAUUGUUCGUGCUAUUCGUCAAGGCCGUAUUGUGCCUCGUAAGCCAAAGGAUGAAAAGCCUAGAUUUUACAACCUUUGGGGAGACGAUGACGUUCCUCGCGAAGAUCACGUUAUGCACAUUGCUGCUCCCAAGAUGAAAUUACCUGAACAUGAUGAAAGUUAUAACCCACCCGAGGAAUACCUUUUGGAUGAAGAAGAGACAAAGAAAUGGCAUGAGAUGGACGAGGAAGAUAGACCAAAGAACUACCUUCCCAAGAAAUACUCCAGCCUCCGUAAUGUUCCUGCUUAUGACAAGUUCAUUCAAGAAAGAUUCCAACGUUGCCUUGAUCUCUACUUGGCUCCUCGUGUUCGCAAGAACCGUUUGGAUAUUGAUCCUGAGUCGCUUAUACCUAAGCUGCCAAGCCCUAAGGAUCUUCGUCCCUUCCCUACAAGACAGUCCCUUACCUACGAAGGACACACCGCUCGUAUUCGUUCAUUAUCAAUCCAUCCAAAUGGCUUGUACGCACUCUCCGGUGCUGAUGACCACACCUGUCGUCUGUGGGAAGUGUUAACCGGUCGCUGUCUUGCCAUGUGGAAAUUUGAAGCUGUCAUUCAUGCCAUCGCUUGGUGUCCUAACCCUGAUGUCUGGCUCUUUGCCAUUUCUGUUGGCCAUGGUGAUGUUCAUCUGAUCUCGCCUCCUAAACUCUGCUCUCCUAUACAGGCCAUGAAUACUGAUCAGUUUACAAAGGCCGGAUUUGCCAACCCCGCAGAAAGCAAACAGAAUGUGUCUUGGAUCAGAGCAAGCGAGGCAGAUGAGGAGAAAUAUGGUUACAAGGUUCUCAUUCAGCACUCACAAGCUGUUAAGCAGAUCACUUGGCAUAGAAAGGGUGACUAUGUUUCCACAGUUGCACCUGACGCAAAGAACCUUGCUGUACUCAUUCACCAAGUAUCAAAACAUCAAACUCAAGCUCCUUUCAAACGUCUCAAGGGUCUUGUUCAAAAGGUUGCAUUCCAUCCUAUCAAGCCCAUUUUCUUUGUUGCUACUCAAAUCUAUGUUCGUGUCUAUGAUUUGAUGCAACAACAACUAGUCAAGACAUUGCAAACGAGCGUCAAGUGGGUUUCUAGUAUUGACAUUCAUCCAGGUGGUGAUAAUGUCAUUAUUGGUUCAUAUGAUAAACGAGUGUGCUGGUUUGAUUUGGAUCUUAGCUCAAGGCCAUACAAGUCACUAAGAUAUCAUACAAAGGCCGUCCGUCAAGUUGUGUUCCACAAGCGAUACCCAUUAUUUGCCUCUUCAUCUGAUGAUGGCACCAUUCAAGUUUUCUAUGGUAUGGUCUAUAAUGAUUUAUUACAAAAUCCCUUGAUUGUUCCUGUAAAGAUUUUGAGAGGACAUGAUGUUAAGGAUAGUCUUGGUGUCUUGAACAUUGAAUUCCAUCCUACACAGCCAUGGAUCUUCUCUACUGGUUCUGAUGGUACUUUUAGACUUUGGACAUAAAAAUACUAAUUUAUAUAUACAUCAUCAACAUCCUCAUCUCUUUCCUUCUCCAUUCCUACCUGUUUUUUCUCUUUACCAUAGAAACAAUAAAAAUGUGAUUGGUUGUCUUGACAACAACAAUAGCACGCGUCAAAGUAACACACGUACAAAAAAAGGAAAAAAAAAAAGCUCGCGCUUCAAUUGCUUUAUCUUUUUUUUUUUUUAUUGA